AUGACUGCUAUCAACCUCCAAGAACCCCAAGUCCAGCAGGCACCUCCGGAACAAGCUCCCCAGCCAACCCUAGCCCAUGUUCCACUCGACCGAUCCCCAAAGACUUCUCUGAUGAGCCUGGAGUCCUCUGUUGAUGCUGCUCCGAUUACAUCCAUGUACGAGGGAUACACCUUUUUCCAAGCAGAUCCAAUCCCCGGGCGAAAUGCGACCUGGACUCGGGUAGAACGAACCCAGAUGCAUCUGAACCAAAGCGACCUUUUCAAGAUGGUUCAGAAACGAGCCACCAAAAUCUCGGCUACACAGCAGUUCCAAGCUCUGUCCAAGAUUAGACAGGUGCAUGUCAACCAGUUAAUUGACGAGCAAAGACGAAGUGACUCGCGGGUGGAGUGGAGCUGUGUUUAUGCCAAAGAGUGUGCACGAUCAUUCAAGGCCCGCAACGCUCGUCGCGGAGACUAUGAAACGGUCUCGAUGGAUAUUAUUCUCUUGAAAAGACCCAUGAAGACUCGAUCCCACCCAAGAACACCAAUGGGGGAUUUGGUGGACCUACGGAUUGCCUUGCUGCCCCAUGCAAAUGACUCCCGAAGGUAUCAGGCAAUGCCCUCUCCUCCGUGGUAUCAGCAAAGCCCGCCGCUUGCUACCAGUCAACCCGUGGGAUCAAGGCCUGUGGUUCAAGGACCACUUCCACGACCAACAUCAUUUCCCAGCUCUUUGGGCAACCUUGAUCAAGUUCAGCACCCUAGCCCUGGAACUAGAGAAGGCAAUGUGAGAAGCCCACGCUCAAAUUUUGAGGUGGGCUUAGCACGAGAUCGCAAUGCCUGUGAUAGUUUGUCCCAAUCAACUACAACAGUCACACCUAUCCCCGGAAGCCGGACGUCUGCCUCUGCGAAUGGCAGGCAUACUAGCAUUGAUAGCAAUUCGACAGCAUGGUCAUCUAAAGCAAGCAACGAUGAUGAUGAUGAUGAGUCCAUGCUUGAGGACUCCGAUGGAAGCUCGGCAACAAACGACUCAGAUGAGACAGAGUCUGAGUGUGAAAAGCUACGGUCACCAAACACCAAUUGUCGACAACGGUCGUGCAGCCCUAGCCGCAGUGAGUCGGGCCAUGGCCCCUACUACCGUCGAAAGUCAAAGAGUCGGAGUCUCAGCCGAAGAUACGACAAGAGAUAUGAUAGGAGGUCUGUUCCUUAUGCAUUCAACACAUCUGACAGGAGCCGUGUCAAUUCCCCUCGGCGAUCAGACCAAGACCGGUAUCGAGCCCGGAGGAUGGAUGAUGAUGAUAUUCGAACUCGGAUGCUGGACCACCGUGAGGCCCGCCUCGAGCACUGGGAGAAAUUCGUUGAUCAGCAGGCGAGGAUGCUCAGGAAGACCAUGGAUGAGGCCCGCCAGUUGGAGCGGCGGAACCCUGCCCGGGUCCCUUCGACCAGGUAUCAUUGUGAUUGCUGUUACUCUCAGAAGGAGUAG